CGCGGCGCGGAGCUGCGGAGCCGGCCGCACGCCCGCUCCCGCUCGUCGCGCCGCCGGGGCAGCCGCGGGCCGCAGUCCCUCGUUGCGCGCUCCGAGCCGCGGUCCCCAGUCUGCGCUCGACGUCUGAUUAUGAAAGGGAAAGUGGCCCUUUCACCACCUGGCUCCCAGGCUGGGAGCUUUUGUCUGGGAAGGAGUGCACACGGCCUCAUCCACUCCCCACCUCCCAGCCCCGAAGAAAUUGAGAGUGAGGACUCAGUACGCCUUGAGGGCUCCCUGGGUCUGCUCUUAGCUCCCUGCUUCCUCCCCACUCCGAAGUUGCAAGCUUGCAACAAGGAAGUCGUGCAGCCGCCAUUGUCGGGCUGUCCGGGGCAGGGGAGGCAGCUGCAGCUGCUUAUGUAAGUUUUUGGCUUUGCGGGCAGCCGGCUCCCUGCACUGUAGCGCGGCUCAGCGCGCCCGCAGUUUGGAGAGCAAUUAGGAAGGGGCAGCCUUAUUGUGAAGGUGGUGUUGGGGCUACGUCUUUUCCUACAUGUGCCUACACAGAUGCUAGCAACAGCUGUCUUCCAGUUUUGACUCACCUGAACUUAGCGAUUGGAAUCUCUCAAUGGCAAGGGAGGCGGGGCGGGGAGGAGGCCGUCAUGGACACACAUGGUCUCCUUUCCAGGUCUCAUACAUCUUGAGAGAGAGCGGGGAGAGGGGUGGGUGGCCAAGUACACACUAGCCAAAAAAAAAAAAAAAACAGUAACAACACAUUGAUACGUUGUCAUAGCUAUUCUAAGGCCACUCCUCUCCCUGGUCCCAUGCACUUGUAUCCCACAAGCCCUAGGACGAGUUAGUGACUACAGUAGUAAGUGUCACAGUAGUAAGGUUUUUGCAUGGGGUGCCUAGUCUCUGGAUGACUACAGGCCUGGGGGCUUCUAGGGAAUACGGAGGCAGAAGCACGUAGAAUGAUAACUCAAAAUCAUCUUUUGGAAAUGUUGCCUAACCUCAAACUUCAGAUGAGACAUCCCGCUUCUACGCUGGGCAGCUCGGUGCGUUCACUUUUCUUUAGAAGGAGCUUAUGGGUUUCAAGGUGUUGGUCUCCAAGUUGGAGUCUUGUUCCACGGUUUUUGUGUUAAGACUAUUACAGCCCUGUCCUUUGCUCCUACCACACCAAACAACUUACCUGUGUGGUCACUGUUCAGUAGAGGAAACUUUUUGUUUUUCAGGAUAUGGGUCUGCAGGAUGGAGUUCUUCCGGUCUGGCGUGCUCCUGAUCAGAGUUACUCUGAUCUGAAGAUUUUGGCGUUUAAGGCAUUAAGAUACUAGCCUGAGUUGUUCAUGGAGUUUUUCAUCAGUAUGUCUGAAACCAUUAAAUAUAAUGACGAUGAUCAUAAAACUCUGUUUCUGAAAACACUAAAUGAGCAACGCCUGGAAGGAGAAUUUUGUGAUAUUGCUAUUGUGGUUGAGGAUGUGAAAUUCAGAGCACACAGAUGUGUUCUUGCUGCCUGCAGCACCUACUUUAAAAAGCUUUUCAAGAAGCUUGAGGUUGAUAGUUCUUCAGUCAUAGAAAUAGAUUUUCUUCGUUCUGAUAUAUUUGAAGAGGUCCUGAACUACAUGUACACAGCGAAGAUUUCCGUGAAAAAAGAAGAUGUUAACUUAAUGAUGUCAUCGGGUCAGAUUCUUGGUAUCCGAUUUUUGGAUAAACUGUGUUCUCAGAAGCGUGAUGUGUCCAGUCCCGAUGAAAACAAUGGUCAGUCCAAAAGUAAGUAUUGCCUCAAAAUAAAUCGCCCCAUUGGAGAUGCUGCUGACACCCAGGAUGAUGAUGUAGAGGAAAUCGGGGAUCAGGAUGACAGUCCUUCUGAUGACACGGUAGAAGGCACUCCCCCGAGUCAGGAGGACGGCAAGUCACCCACCACAACGCUCAGGGUUCAGGAAGCGAUCCUGAAAGAGCUGGGGAGUGAGGAAGUUCGCAAGGUCAAUUGCUACGGCCAGGAAGUAGAAUCCAUGGAGACCCCAGAAUCAAAAGACUUGGGGUCCCAGACCCCUCAAGCCUUAACAUUUAAUGAUGGGAUGAGUGAAGUGAAAGAUGAACAGACUCCAGGCUGGACAACAGCCGCCAGUGACAUGAAGUUUGAGUAUUUGCUUUAUGGUCACCAUCGGGAGCAGAUUGCCUGCCAGGCGUGUGGGAAGACGUUUUCUGAUGAAGGCCGAUUGAGGAAGCAUGAGAAACUCCACACAGCGGACAGGCCAUUUGUUUGUGAAAUGUGCACAAAAGGUUUCACCACACAGGCCCACCUGAAAGAACACCUAAAAAUCCACACGGGAUAUAAGCCCUAUAGCUGUGAGGUGUGUGGAAAAUCAUUUAUCCGUGCCCCAGAUUUAAAGAAGCAUGAGAGAGUUCACAGUAAUGAAAGACCGUUUGCGUGCCACAUGUGUGACAAAGCCUUCAAACACAAGUCUCACCUCAAGGAUCACGAACGAAGACACAGAGGGGAAAAGCCUUUUGUGUGUGGCUCCUGCACCAAGGCAUUUGCCAAGGCGUCUGAUCUGAAAAGGCAUGAGAACAAUAUGCACAGUGAAAGGAAGCAGGUUACCCCCAGUGCCAUCCAGAGCGAGACAGAACAGUUGCAGGCGGCAGCAAUGGCUGCAGAAGCAGAGCAGCAGCUGGAAACGAUAGCCUGUAGCUAGAAGCAGUGGGACAGGGACACUUUGGGAAGUGGAGACUGAGAUGACGUGGAUCAUGAUGAGUGAAUGCCAGUUACUAUAUUUUUGUGGAAAUGUAUGGAACAUUGUACUCACUGGACUUCAGGCAGUGAUUGGUUAGGUAUUUUUAAGACUUUCAAGGAAAUGAUGUUCCUCAGUUCUGACCAAACUGUUUCACUGUCUUGUCUGGUGUCUAGUAUUAAUGUUGCCAGUAAGCACCCCUCUCCCUUUUUUUUUUUUUAAUUUUAAUUUGAGAACUCCUGUGUCCAGUUUAGAAGUGAGAGACUUCCAUUUUUAAUUCCUUUACACUCACCACCCUGGCAGGUUCCCUGCACAGAGUAAUAAGUAAAUUGAUUUCCUAAUCAUCACAAUUCUAUGUGACUUAGGGUCAAAUGAGCAGUUUUAAUAACUUAAUAAAAGUACUUCAGAUAGAUGCAGAAAAUUGGUGAGUAGUUGACCAUGAACACUGCGCAAAUAUAAAAAAAAGUUCUGGAAAUGCAGAAUGGCGUUAGAUUUAUAUUUGGUUUGUUAAUUUUAUAUCACUGUUUUUCACUGUUUUUGUGGACAAAUAAUGGUUGCUUUGCUGAAGUGUUUCUUCCUCAAUCUUGAUUGCCCUGUACCUACCCCAGAAGCUAUAGUCACAUGUCCUACAGGCCAAGCAAACCCACCGGGAUGGUGGGGGGUCUUGGGGCCAAGCUGUUAGGUUUCUCUUAUUUGGGGCAGUGCCACUCCACACCAGCUGGGAUUUGUGAGUGGACCCGUGGUAAGAAGAAUAGAAAAGGCUCUCAGAGAUAAGGUUUUUUACAUGUGUAACAAUCCCAAGAUUUCCUAGAUUAAAAUCUUAAUUGAUUUUGAAAUUGGAUUUUUAUUUAGAAUCAAAAUGAGGACAAGAACAGAUAACUUCUUCAGAUACAUUCGUGUAACUUUACAGAAUGUCAUCAAGCUUUGGGGCUCUCUGGGGCACAUGAUUUAUCCGUAAAGGAGAUGCAGUAUGCUUACUUAAAUUAAUAAAUUUAAAAUCUUUUAAGUGUGUAAAUAGUAGUGUUGGUCUUAUGUAUUUCAAGUAAAAAGUAGACAGCUGCACUUUUUUUGCACAUUGGAUUAAAAUAACUUCCAUCAGCAAACAUCAGACUGUUUUUAACAAAUAUUAAAGAUUGUCAGACCAAA